UACUAGGUCUGAAGGUCUGGUAGCGUUCCUGCUGAGGGUCUGGUCUGCAGGACAGAGGGGGGAGGGCUGUAAAUAAACACUGUGAGGUCAGGCUCUCGGGGCAGGGGGGUAGAAUACGAUCGGGCUGAGGGGACAGACCAUGCCGGUUCAGCCUUCAGACAUGUGGAUCUGUUUCUUCUGAGGAGCGUUUUUAGACCUUUGUAUCCAGUUGUUAUAGAUUCUAUUGGGAACUUCUGAUCAGUAUGGAUCUCUGUAGACUACAGAAGCUUCCAGAGUCUUUCUGAUGGCCCUGCUGAUGGCCUGAACACUGUAUCCUGGUCUCCUCUAGGCUCUGAACUCUGCUGUUUUAAGGUGGACGCUUGUUUAGAUGCCUCCUCUGAGGGUCUGAUGUAAGAGAGCAGGAGUUUACAGCAGCAGAGCUGAACACUCAGAGGCUGAGAGAGUGCUGUGUUCAUAAACAGCCUCAGAAAACAUGAAUAAACCUCCACUGCCCAAUCACAGUCCAGCUGAUCAUCAGUCCAGCCAAUCAGAAGCCAUGGAACCGUCAGCAGCUCCUACAGCAACCUCCAGGCCCAGAUUCAGAACCACAGAAGAAGCCAGAGAGAGGUUGAAGUUCAUCCUGGGGGCGUCAGAAGAUAACUCGUCUGAUGAAGAGCCUCCCAAACCCCCAAAACCAGCCGUCCCAGAAUCCUCUGCUUCUGCUUCACAGGAGACGCCGGCGCCACCCCAGCCGUCCCUCAGCAUGAGGCCUAGUAUGUCUGGUCCUCAUCUGAUGAGGAGAGGCAGAGAGCAGAGGAGGAUGGAUGUGCCCAGAGAUUUCACCGUGGCCUCUCCGGCCGAGUUUGUUAAACGCUUCGGAGGAUCCCGAGUCAUCGAGAAGGUCCUGAUCGCCAACAACGGCAUCGCAGCCGUGAAGUGCAUGCGCUCCAUCCGCCGCUGGUCCUACGAGAUGUUCCGCAACGAGAGGACCAUCCGCUUCGUCGUCAUGGUGACACCUGAGGACCUAAAGGCCAACGCAGAGUAUAUUAAAAUGGCGGAUCAUUAUGUGCCGGUCCCCGGAGGACCCAACAAUAAUAACUAUGCGAAUGUGGAGAUGAUCGUGGACAUCGCUAAGAGGAUCCCAGUGCAGGCAGUGUGGGCCGGGUGGGGUCACGCCUCGGAGAACCCCAAGCUGCCGGAGCUGCUCCAUAAAGCUGGAAUUUCAUUUUUAGGUCCGUCCAGUAAGGCGAUGUGGGCUCUUGGAGAUAAGGUGGCGUCCUCCAUCGUAGCUCAGACUGCAGGAAUCCCCACUUUACCCUGGAGCGGAUCUGACUUGAAGAUUUCAAGGGGGGAGGAGGAGCAGAAGUCGGGUCACAUGAUCAGCGUCCCGCUAGAUAUUUAUGCUAAAGGCUGUGUGAGGGACGUAGACGAAGGCCUCGCAGGGGCGGAGAAGAUUGGCUACCCCGUGGUGAUUAAAGCCUCAGAGGGUGGAGGAGGAAAGGGCAUCAGGAAGGUGGACUGUGCUGAAGAUUUCCCCAGCUUCUUCAGACAGGUCCAGGCGGAGGUUCCAGGUUCUCCGAUCUUCAUCAUGCAGCUGGCGCAGCACGCCCGGCAUCAGGAGGUGCAGAUCCUGGCGGACGAAUACGGAAACGCCAUCUCUCUGUUUGGCCGAGACUGCUCCAUCCAGAGGAGGCACCAGAAGAUCAUCGAGGAGGCUCCGCCCACCAACGUUUCUCCAGCCACGUUUGAGCAGAUGGAGCGGUUCGCAGUGCGCAUGGCUAAGAUGGUAGGCUACGUGAGCGCAGGUACAGUAGAGUACCUGUUCUCGGAGGACGGCAGCUUCCACUUCUUGGAGCUGAACCCCAGACUGCAGGUGGAGCAUCCCUGCACUGAGAUGAUCGCAGACGUCAACCUGCCGGCUGCGCAGCUACAGAUUGGGAUGGGGAUUCCUCUGCACAGGAUUAAAGAGAUUCGUGUACUAUAUGGAGAGGCACCGUGGGGGGACACGCCGAUUAACUUUGAGUCUCCGGAGUGCGCCCCCUGUCCCCGAGGACACGUUAUUGCAGCGCGGAUCACCAGCGAGAACCCGGACGAGGGCUUUAAGCCGAGCUCAGGAACAGUGCAGGAGCUGAAUUUCCGCAGCAGUAAGAACGUGUGGGGCUAUUUCAGCGUCGGGGCCACGGGCGGUCUUCACGAGUUUGCCGACUCUCAGUUUGGUCACUGUUUCUCCUGGGGAGAGAACCGCGAGGAGGCCAUCUCUAACAUGGUGGUGGCUAUGAAGGAGCUUUCUAUCCGCGGGGAUUUCAGGACGACGGUGGAGUACCUGAUUAAGCUGCUGGAGACGGAGAGCUUCAGGAGUAAUGAUAUUGAUACGGGCUGGCUGGAUCACCUGAUCGCGGAGAAGGUGCAGGCGGAGAGGCCGGACACCAUGCUGGGGGUGGUGUGUGGAGCUCUGCACGUAGCCGACGCCAGUUUCAGGAAGAGCAUGUCGGACUUCCUGCACUCACUGGAGAGGGGUCAGGUGUUACCUGCUGCCAGUCUGGUGAACACAGUGGACGUGGAUCUGAUCUAUGAAGGGAUCAAAUACUCCCUGAAGGUGGCCCGUCAGUCCCCCACCACGUACGUGAUCAUCAUGAACGGGUCUGAUAUAGAGAUAGACGUCCACAGGCUGAGCGACGGCGGUCUGCUGCUCUCCUACAGCGGCAGCAGCUACACCACCUACAUGAAGGAGGAGAUAGACAGUUACCGGAUCACUGUGGGUAAUAAAACCUGUGUGUUUGAGAAAGAGCGCGACCCCACGGUGCUCCGCUCCCCCUCUGCUGGAAAACUGCUGCAGUACAUUGUGGAUGAUGGAGGUCAUGUGACAGCCGGGCAUCCCUACGCUGAGAUCGAGGUGAUGAAGAUGGUGAUGACUCUGGUGGUGCAUGAAUCAGGCUGUAUUCACUUUGUGAAGAGACCUGGAGCUGUUCUGGCGCCCGGCUGCAUUGUGGCCCACAUGGACCUGGACGACCCCAGUAGUAUUCACCCUGUGGAGCUGAACACACUUCCUCUACCUGCUCAGGAGCCCCUCCCCAUGGUGGGCGAGAAACUGCACCAGGUGUUCCACAGCGUUCUGGAGAACCUGGAGAAGGUGAUGGAUGGGUACUGCCUCCCGGAGCCCUACUACGGCUGCAGAGUGAAUAAGUGGGUGGGCACACUGAUGACGACCCUGCGUGACCCUUCGCUGCCCCUGCUGGAGCUGCAGGAGAUCAUGACCAGCGUAUCGGGGCGUAUCCCCGUUACUGUGGAGAAGGCCAUCCGUAAAGUCAUGGCUCAAUACGCCAGCAACAUCACCUCCGUCCUCAGCCAGUUCCCCAGCCAGAGGAUAGCGAAUAUCCUGGACAGUCAUGCGGCCACUCUGCAGAGAAAAGCAGACCGUGAGGUUUUCUUCAUGAACACUCAGAGCAUCGUUCAGCUGGUGCAGAGGUAUCGCAGUGGUAUUCGAGGCUACAUGAAGACAGUAGUGCUGGAUCUGCUGAAGCGCUACCUGCAGGUGGAGAGACAGUUCCAGCAAGCCACCUAUGAUAAGUGUGUGAUAAACCUGAGGGAGCAGUAUAAGCCAGAUAUGACCCCCGUGCUGGAGUACAUCUUCUCCCACGCCCAGGUCUCCAAGAAGAACAUGCUCAUCGCUCUGCUCAUAGACCAGCUGUGUGGGCGGGACCCGACUCUGCCGGACGACGUGAUGGUGAUUCUGAAUGAGUUCACUCAGCUCAGUAAGAUGGAGAACUCAAAGGUGGCUCUGUGCUCCAGACAGGCUCUGAUCGCGUCUCACCUGCCCUCCUACGAGGUCAGACACAACCAGGUGGAGUCCAUCUUCCUCUCCGCUAUAGACAUGUACUGCCACCAGUUCUGCCCCGAUAACCUGAAGAAACUCAUUAUGUCUGAAACCUCCAUCUUUGACGUUCUGCCCAGUUUCUUCUACCACAGUAACCGGGUGGUGUGCAUGGCUGCUCUAGAGGUGUACGUACGGAGGGGUUAUAUAGCUUACGAGCUGAACAGCCUCCAGCACCACCAGCUGCAGGACGGGACAUGUGCUGUGCACUUCCAGUUCAUGCUGCCUUCAUCUCAUCCCAACAGAGAGCCGUACACCAGAGUGAGCAACUCCGAGCCCAAACCAACAGGGAGCAGUCCCACCUUGAACAGGUUGUCAGUGGCGGUGGGCAGCUCUGAGCAGUUCGAGACAAUGCGACGGCAGGGCAGCGAGCUCUUCAUGGAGGGAGCGCUGUCUCCUCCAUGUCAAAGGAUGGGAGCCAUGGUGGCCUUCCAGUGUUUUGAGGACUUUAAGAGGUGUUUUGAUGAGGUGAUUUCCUGCUUUGCUGAGCCGCUGUGUGAAAGUGCGCUGUUCUCUGAAGCCUCAGGCCUCUAUGAUGAGGAGAGCAGUAAGAACAUGAGGGAGAAUCCUAUUCACAUCAUUAAUGUCUCCAUCAAAACCGCAGACACUGAGGACGACGAUGCUCUGGUCACAGCGUUCUCUGACUUCUCUCAGUCUAAAAAAGCUGUGCUGUACGAGUAUGGAAUCAGGAGAAUCACAUUCCUGGUGGCACAGAAAAGGGAAUUUCCUAAAUUCUUCACGUUCCGAGCCAGAGAUGAGUUUAAGGAGGAUCGGAUCUAUCGGAACCUGGAGCCAGCUCUGGCCUUCCAGCUGGAGCUGAACCGCAUGAGGAACUUCGACCUGAAGGCUGUUCCCUGUGCCAACCACAAAAUGCACCUGUACCUCGGUGCCGCUCGCGUGGAGGAGGGGGCUGAGGUCACAGAUUACCGCUUCUUCAUCAGAGCCAUCGUCCGACACUCCGACCUCGUCACCAAGGAGGCCUCAUUCGAGUACCUGCAGAACGAGGGCGAGCGCCUGCUGUUGGAGGCUCUGGACGAGUUGGAGGUGGCCUUCAGCAAUACUCCCACUCGUACAGACUGCAACCACAUCUUCCUCAACUUCGUCCCCACCGUCAUCAUGGAUCCCAUCAAGAUCGAGGAGAAUGUUCGCUCCAUGAUAAUGCAUUACGGCCGGCGGCUGUGGAAGCUACGUGUUCUGCAGGCCGAGCUGAAGAUGGGCAUCCGGCUCAAUCCCACAGGAGACACCAUCCCCAUCCGCCUCUUCAUCACCAACGAGAGCGGAUACUACCUGGACAUCAGCCUCUACAAAGAGGUGACGGACUCCACGACUGGACAGAUCAUGUUCCAGUCAUACACAGGGAAGCACGGUCCUCUUCACGGGAUGAUCAUUAACACUCCUUACGUCACUAAAGACCUGCUGCAGGCCAAGCGCUUCCAGGCCCAAACUCUGGGGACCACCUACGUCUACGACUUCCCCGAGCUCUUCCGUCAGGCUCUGUUUAAGGUGUGGGGGGCGGACGACAGCUACCCUAAAGACGUGCUGAUGUGCAGUGAAUUAGUCCUGGAUUCUCAGGGCAGACUCGUCCAGCUGAACCGACUGCCUGGAGACAACGAGAUGGGGAUGGUGGCGUUCCGGAUGAAGAUGAAGACUCCGGAGUAUCCUGAGGGGCGGGAAAUCAUUGUGAUCUGUAACGACAUCACAUAUAAAAUCGGAUCGUUCGGGCCGCAGGAGGACGAGCUGUUCCUGCGAGCUUCGGAGCUGUCCCGCGCCGAGGGCAUCCCGCGCAUUUACAUCUCCGCCAACAGCGGCGCCCGCAUCGGCCUGGCCGAGGAGGUGCAGAACAAGUUCCAGGUAGCCUGGCAUGACGCCAGCGACCCCUACAAGGGUAUUAAGUACCUGUACCUGACUCCUCAGGACUACACACGCAUCUCCUCUACUAACUCUGUACACUGCCGCCAUGUGGAGGAGGAGGGGGAGUCCAGGUACAUCAUCACUGACAUCAUUGGGAAGGAUGAGGGUCUUGGGGUGGAGAACCUGAGGGGCUCGGGUAUGAUAGCAGGAGAAUCAUCACAGGCGUACGAGGAGAUCAUCACUAUCAGCAUGGUGACGUGUCGGGCUAUAGGUAUCGGGGCGUAUCUGGUGCGUUUGGGACAGAGAGUGAUACAGGUGGAGAACUCCCACAUUAUCCUGACUGGAGCCGGAGCUCUAAACAAGGUGCUGGGUCGGGAGGUCUACACCUCCAAUAAUCAGCUGGGUGGAGUUCAGAUCAUGCACAACAAUGGAGUCACUCACACCACCGUACCUGACGACUUCGAGGGGGUCUUCACCAUCCUGCAGUGGCUGUCCUACAUGCCAAAGAAUAAGCACAGUCCAGUUCCAGUGAUGCCCCCGACUGACCCCGUGGACAGAGAGAUCGAGUUUGUCCCCACUAAAGCUCCAUACGACCCUCGCUGGAUGCUCUGUGGACGACCGCACCCCAGUGUGAAGGGGGCGUGGCAGAGUGGAUUCUUUGAUCACGGCACCUUCAUGGAGGUGAUGUCCACCUGGGCGCAGACGGUGGUGGUGGGCAGGGCAAGGCUUGGCGGGAUUCCUCUCGGGGUCAUCGCUGUGGAAACACGAACUGUGGAGGUCACCGUCCCAGCCGACCCGGCUAACCUGGACUCAGAGGCGAAGAUCGUACAGCAGGCAGGGCAGGUGUGGUUUCCGGACUCGGCGUAUAAAACAGCUCAGGCUAUUAAAGACUUUGAAAGAGAGAGACUGCCCCUGAUGGUCUUCGCUAACUGGAGAGGAUUCUCCGGAGGAAUGAAAGACAUGUAUGACCAGGUGCUAAAGUUCGGAGCGUACAUCGUGGACGCUCUGAGGGAGUUCCACCAGCCCGUACUGGUCUAUAUCCCCCCCCACGCUGAGCUGAGAGGAGGAUCAUGGGUAGUGAUCGACCCCACCAUUAACCCGGAGUACAUGGAGCUGUACGCUGACCGAGAGAGCAGGGGUGGAGUGUUGGAGGCUGAGGGAACAGUGGAGAUAAAGUUCAGGAAGAAGGAUCUGCUGAAGACGAUGAGGAGGAUUGACCCUGACUAUUCUAGACUGACUGAACAGCUCAGUUCUGCAGAGCUGUCGGUGAAGGAGCGCAGUGGGCUGGAGGCUCAGCUCAGAGCCAGAGAGGAGUUCCUCCUGCCCAUCUACCACCAGGUAGCCGUGCAGUUCGUGGAACUUCACGACACGCCGGGGAGAAUGCAGGAGAAGGGUGUGAUCACGGACAUCCUGGACUGGAAGAACGCUCGGAUGUUCUUCUACUGGCGUCUGCGGCGCCUCCUGCUGGAGGAGGUGGUGAAGAGUGAGAUCAUUGAGGCCAACAGAGACCUGAAUAACGGCCACAUCCAGUCCAUGCUCCGCCGCUGGUUCAUCGAGACAGAGGGGACCGUCAAAGCUUACCUGUGGGAUAAUAAUAAAGCUGUGGUGGAGUGGCUGGAGAAACACCUGUCCCCGCAGGACGGCAUUCGCUCAGCCAUCCGGGAGAACAUCAAAUACCUGAAGAGAGACUACACUCUCAAACACAUCCGCAGCCUGGUGGAAGCCAAUCCGGAGGUGGCUCUGGACUGCAUCAUGCACAUGGCCCAGAACAUCACCCCGUCCCAGAGAGCCAAAGUGUCCCACCUGUUGGCCACCAUGGAUAACAACACCACCACCAGCAGCAGCAGCAGCAGUAGCAGCUAGUUCUGAACGAGCAGGGUACAGACUGAACACCACACACAGUAAUAAACAUGAUCAUAAUGAGCAGCAGCAGUGGAGGAGUCAUCAGCUACCUGUCUGUCUGUGUUACGGUCAGUAAGAGCGUUAUAGGAGCGUAAAUACAGGAGGAGGACGUUUCUCAGGAUCAGAGAGGGUGAGGGAGUGAAAUCACGCACACAGAGGUUUUGUUCACACCUGGAAUUAACCUGCGUCCUGCAUGAUCUGAUCACAAGUAAUUAGCCAAAACCCGUAUCCAGAUAAAUAGCUACUUUAGCUUGUGCUCCACCCACAAGUAUCAAAUUUAUUCACAUUCUUGUUAUUGUCUCGUGCUCAGCUAACCCCAAGCGGACAGUGACAUGAAUAAUGUGGGUGGGGCGUCACUGUAAGGGAUAAAUCGAGGUGCUUUGGUGUUCACACUAUAGUAAUAAUAAUAAUAAUGUAGUCAUAUGCUAUAUCAGAUAUCUCUGAUCUCAGAUUUUUUAGAGACAUACUCAAAGAUAAAGCUUAAGUGACAAAAGAAACCCUCAAAUUUGAGUAUUUUCCCUUAUAAAAAUUAUGAUAACCACUAGCUAGAUUACCAUAGUUUAAUAUCUAGUUUCAAUCUAGAUAUCAACUAGUUUUAUGGCCAUUUUCUUUCUAUCAAGCAUAAGAAAAAGCUAGUAAUUCACUUCAGUAUUUAGCUACCUAGCUAACCUUCGCAUUCCACCUAAAUGUUGCAGCAGAAGCUGCAGCAUUUAAAGUGUAACAAAAACAUAUAAUAAAAACUAAUAAAUGCUUAUUUCAGCUCCCCAUCACAGAGGAGUUAACAUAUAGACAAUAAUAAUCAAUUGCUGCACCACCUGUCCCGUUUCUGAAGACAUACAAUAAAAUACACCCUUAAAUUAACUAGUUAAGCAGCAGCACUCAAAGAUGGGACUCAAGAGACCAAAGAAACCCACAAAUUUGAGUAUUUUUCUAGUUAUGGUAACCACUAGCUACACAUUAAACCAUAGUUUAAUGUGUAGUUUCAAUGUUUUAUGAACAUUUUCUUUUCAUAACAAGCAUAAAAACAAUCGCUAAUAGUUCACUUCAGUAUUUAGCUACCUAGCUUACUUUCUCAUUCCAUCUUAAAUGUUGCAAAAGACAGCAGAAACUGCAGCAUUUAAGAUGGAACUGAAAAAUUAAAUUAAAUAAAAGUUAAUAAAAGCUUAUUUCAGCUCCUCAUCACUGAGGAAUUUACAUAUAGACCAUAAUAAUUAAUUUCUGCUCCCUUUCUGAAGACAUAGAAUAAAAUACGCCCCUAAAUUAACUAGUUAAGCAGCAGCAGCAGUUAGGUUGCUGAACUUUAGAUAGCGCUCCACUGCUUUAUUGCUACAUACUGUCUCUGUAUGGGGUGCUUGAAAAGUUGUUCAUAUUCUUUUAUUAAUAAGAUUAUUUCACUCUUUUCUCCUGUAACUCUGUUCUAAGGGAAAAGGUUACACUCCAAAAUGAGGGAUAGAGUGAUCAGAUCCCACAGGACGUUUGGUAAUACCAGGUGUGAACGGGACCUAAAAGAGAGUCACUUUAAAUACAUUUCUAUCAGUUUGGUGUUGAUAAUGUUGGGCAUUGUACUGUUUGUUCAUUAAAGUGGUGUUUGGGAUUUUUUUUAUUUUGAUUUUUGGUUCUACACCAGUAGUUCUCAUCAUUGGUACUGAGUUGGGAACCUGUGUUCUAAACCACUGUGCACCACUGAGCACCAAUUUCCUUUUUUUUGUUUUAGUUUCGCCUUAUAAACAAAUCAGCGCACAAAAAUGUACAUCCACUUUGCUGUAGGUUUUGCCUGUUUUUCGCGUCUGAGCCUCAUAUUUCAUUCACUAUUAAUUCAGUCUGAAUAUCAGAGAAGAUCAGGAGAGUCUGACUCCAGUUCUGCAGACUCAAAAAUUCCUAAUUCUGUUCAAUAUGAUCAAUAAGUGUCUAAAUUCAGUGCAUUUUUGGUGGAACAAAAAACAUUCAAAGUGAUAAAUGUGCCUUAUUUUAAUAUUUUAAUAUUUCCAUAGGGAUGGAUGAUACUGCCAAACUUUUUUAUCACAAUCUUAGUUUUAUUCAACGCAGUAAAAUUACGCUAUAAUUACGUUAUCGAUCGAUAAGAACAAAAUUAUUUAAAGGUUUUAAUUCAGUGUUAAAGGGUCUUAACUGCUGCCUGUCCAGAGGACCGGACUCCAACAUGCCCAGUAGAUUUAAUAGAGCUUCCAGUUUGCAGACACAUGAUUGUACUGUACUGAGCUAUAGACUAAAUUGAGCUAUAGACCGAAUUGAUCUAUAAACUUGAACUGAGGUAUAGACUGAACAAAACUAUAGACUGAAUUUUGGUAUAUACUGUACUGAGGUAUAGAUCAAAUUUAGCUAUAGACUGUAUUGGGGUGUAGACUAUAUAGAGGUAUAGACUAAAUUAAGCUAAAAAUUUAAUUGAGCUAUAGAAUGUAAUAAUAUAUAGACUGAAAAGAGGUAUAGACUGAAUUAAGUUAUAGACUGUAUCAAGUGAUAGACUGCAUUGAGUUAUAGACUAUAGUUAUAGACUAAAUUGAGCUAUAGACUAAAAACAAUCUAGUUUUGAUAGUAUGUUUUUGUGUAAAGAAAUAACUUGGUCCGAUGUUUAUCUAACAGGGAACGAAAGAAACUAGCCAAUAAUAAGCUUGCUCUAUCAUAGCUCCGCCGACAAAUGCAUUUUUUCGUAGCUGCUGCUGCUUGGUUAGAAAUUAAUAGAGAAAAGAAUUAAAUAAUUUCUAAUCUUUUUAAUAUGAUUGUGUAUAAAUUCAGUAUUUUUUUUUAAAUGGCCAAAACUUUGAUUAGUUAUACUGUAUGAUGCUAAUUAAUUAUUGUCCAGUCCUGUGCUUCCAUUUCCAGCUCAGCAUUAAAAAAAAUUACAGUAUCUUAUAAAAGUGCAGUAAUAAUAUAUGCUUAGGAGUAUUAAAAGAUUUAGGACAAUAUACUUUUUACAGUUUUUAAAUGUUCUCAGUUUAAAUCUCACAGUUUUUGUCAGAAGAAAUAAAAUAAAAUAAUAAAUAAGUAUAUGUUUUGUAGAUUGCAGAAUAACAUUAAGUUUCUACUUUUAAAUGGAAAUUAAAAACGCAAAUGACAUGACUUGGUGGCUGUUUUAAGAACAGUCAGGUUAGACAAAUUUUUGACAUUUAAACAGGAUUUUAACCAAAUUUUAACUAAAUUUCCAGUUGCUACAGAAAGAGAUUAUUUGUGGGCGGAGCUUGCAUAGUAAAACCUGUGUCUACUCAUUUCAAUUCACCACUUGCCAAUAACUUUAUUAUUUUUUGUUCUAAUAAGAUGCUGAAGUAACAUUUAUCACAUGUGCCAUUCACCCGGGUGGUUUCAGGGAAACUGUGCUGAUGUUUGUGUAUCAGAUCUGUCAAAGAAAGGAAGAGGAAUUAAUGAAAUAUUCCGAUUGUGUUUGAUUAAAUAUCAGUAUUAUAAACUAACCAGAGCCACUGGACCUUUAGAGGAUCUGCUGUGGGAUUAUAUGUGUUGUGUUUGUAUAUAUAAAUAUAUAUAUAACUCUCAGGUUUGGUGUUUUAGCACAGAUGUAUGUUCUCGGAUCAGACUGGCCUGUGGUCAGAUCUGCGCUGUUCUGUUGAGAUUAGAGUUUACACUGACCAGAGAUGGCAGGCAUUGCAAUAACUGAUUAAUAAGGAGAUUAAUAAUAGAUUAAUAAUAUUAAUUUAGUGUUAGAAAAUCAGCUCCAUCUGUUGUUUAGUGAGUUUGAGAAUAGUGUUGGUGCUACAGACAGUCAGUAGUGUUUAAAUCCGUUUUCCAGUUUAAAUACAGUGUAAAUUUACGCCAUAUUUUAACUCGUGUCUCUCCAGGAAGUGCCUGACUGAUUUUACUGUAAAUUCUGAAGAUGUUUAAAGCGGUACGUGUCCACCUGCAGUUUCACUUCCACACAUCCAAUACAUUUCAGUGGAGUGUUUAACUUUAUGUAAAUUAGCACAGCGACUGUGUUGCAUCUAGCCAAUCAGUAAAGACUGGGUUGAUGCAUCAUACACUGAGGAAAGGCUGAUUACAACAAUAGUUAGAUUAGAAUACAUUAAAUUUAUUUUAAUUGGACUGUUAUUUUGCUUCAUUUGCAUUAAAAUGUCAUAGACACGCCCACAGCGCACGACAAAACAUGUAAAAGAAAAGUGCACGUGGACUCGUACCAAACAGCUGUGUUCAUCUUAUAUGUUUUACUUGAAUAAAUGUAUUUUUAACUA